ACGCUGGCCUUCUCCCACACGUCCAUGUUCCCCUUUUUUGACAUCGCUCACUACCUCGUGUCCGUGAUGGCGAUGAAACAUCAGCCGGAUUGGAACAAGUCACCAUCUCUUGAGUAAAUCACCAGAUACAUAUCAUUAGACCUUGACAGCAUUGCAUUCGACAGGAUGUGUAUACCAUAGAAAAUGCAUAUCUGCCUACUCACAUUCACUCCUUGGCGUGUUUUAUUUUGUGGAAUGGAGCAGCAGCAGUAGCACGAAAGAAUCCUGUUUCCAGUUGGUUCACUGCCAUGCUCCACUGCUUUGGCGGGGGAAUUUUAUCCUGUGUACUGCUUGCAGAGCCUCCAUUGAAGUUUCUUACAAACCAUACUAAUGUUUUACUGGCCUCUUCAAUCUGGUAUAUUAUAUUUUUUUGCCCAUGUGACCUAGUUUCCCAGGCCUAUUCAUUCCUUCCUGUUCAAUUCUUGGCUGCUGGAAUGAAGGAAGUGACCAGAACUUGGAAAAUAGUAGGCGGAGUCACGCAUGCUAAUAGCUAUUACAAAAAUGGCUGGAUAAUCAUGAUAGCUAUUGGUUGGGCCCGAGGCGCAGGUGGUGCCAUUGUGACGAAAUUUGAGCAGUUGGUAAAAGGAGAUUGGAAACCAGGAGGUGAUGAAUGGCUGAAGAUGUCUUACCCUUCCAAAUUAACCCUGCUGGGGUCAGUUAUCUUCACGUUCCAGCACACCAAGCAUUUGGCAAUAUCGAAGCAUAAUCUUAUGUUUUUUUAUACUGCCUUUCUUGUGACCACAAAGAUAACUAUGAUGACAACAGAGACUUCUGUGACUCUUGCUCCUUUGGAGGAUACACUGAGUCGAAUGCUGUUUGGCUGGCAGAAACAGUUUUCAUGGUGUGAAAAGAAAAGUGAAACAAAACCAUCUUCUAAUGGCACUGGUUCAUCGGCCUCAAAACCUAUAGCUGAUGCUUCAGAGAAUGUGAAAAAGAAGCAUAAUAAGAAGACUGAAUAAAUUUAUUUGAUGAGCUCUAGAAGGCAAAAAGUAUAUAUUUUUUUCUUCUUUCAGAUUGUGGUAAUAUUUCUAUGUAAUGAUGUGAAAUAAAGAUUAUCUAUAAGAGUGGCAAAAAGAAAGACAUUCUUUCUGUUUCAGGGAGAUUACCAUUUUCUUGGAUUGUAAUUUUGAGUGUUAAGUGUAUAUUAGGUAAAUUUAUUUUUCUGAUAUAAAAAAUUCUCUUAUGAUUAUUGUUAGUAUUUUUGCAAUACUGAAUAUUGAACUCAUGGGUACUCUGCCAUAAAGUUAUAUCCUAACCCUUCAAAGUUUUUUUUUUUUUUAAAUUUUGAAACGGUCUCACUAAGUUGCCCGGGAUACCAUUAAACAUGCAAAUCUGCUUCAGUCUCUCAGUAGCUAGGAUUACUGAUGUUCCCAGUUCUUAUGACUAUUUGAAUAUUUUUAUAAUAAAAGAAGUAUAGUUUUUUAGAUCUAGGAAAAGUAUAGAUAUUAUGGCAAAAUUACAAAACCCUAAAGCUUAAAAACCUAGAUAUUUUCAUAGUUUUAAAAAGUCUGAAUCUUUUUGAGCUUUAUUCACUGGAAUUAGACUUUUAUUUCCCAUUAUCAUUAUAAUUCCUAGGUAUAGAAAACAAUUCCUAUUUAUUUUGGAGCACUGACAGCAGUAACUAUUUCCUAAAGCAAUUUCUAAAGCAUUGUAUUAAAAUGAAAAUAAAUUGCUAGUUUAUAUUCGAUAUGUAAAUGCAAUUUUGCUCACAUUAAAUGGAAAAUACCUGAAAUUUAAUUUUAUUUCUAGUAGUACUUUUCUGUGAGAACACAGUAUUAAUAUGAGUCUCUAUGAAGUCUGUUCAUGCCCUUGUUUUAAAAAUUACUCUUUUUUUGUGUGUACAAUUUUUAAUAAGUUACUUAACUCCAUAAUUUUGUAAUUUUCACUUUGGAAGUUUUUUCUUUUUCUCUCCUUAAAACAUAUUUGUUUCAACUGUAGGAGAAACCAUUCUCCACAUUUCACAUGUUGUUUGUGGCCUUAAUUGGUCUGAAUACAUUGCUGAUUUUUUUCAUUUGUUCAUGUGUGUGUGUGUGUAUUUGUGCAUGCAUGUAUGUGUUAC